CCGAGACCAGUGGUGCCAGAUUCCUUGUUUGUGGUCAAGACUAUUUCACCUAUAAAAUUUUUGUCUUGAACUGAGACGGGAAAAAUUUGUGUGAAGAGAGGAAAGGUGUGUGUGAAGCCUACAGUUGCUGGACUGGAAUUUACGUCUCCGGAAUCCAGCUUUGGACUUUUGGGGAAUUUUAUUUGUCUUGUGAAGGGCGAAUAACUCGUACACGACACUAUGGGAGCCAGAGGAAGCAAGCAGAAGAGCAAGAAGGGCAAGAAGGAAGAGGAAGGAGCCGAGGGAGAGCAGGCGCAGGAGCAGACAACCGAGCAGAAAGAGGCAGGAACCGCAGAGGCGGAGAAGAAGCCAGAGGAGAAUGGAGAUGCCAAAGCCGUAGAGGGAGGUGGAGGGGAUACGCCUGCAGCGGGUGAUGCGAGUAUAGAAAAGUCUGCUGAAGAUGGUGGAAGUGCACCCACAAACGCAGAAGCUGAGGCGGGCAGCAAACCGGAAGCGGAAGAGCCUUCCACUCCUGCUGCAGCACCUGAACCUGCAGCCUCAGAACCAGCAGCCCCCGAACCAGCGGCGCCUGAACCGGCAGCCCCAGAAGCUGCAGCACCCUCAGAAGAGGAGAAACCAGCAGAACCAGAACCUGUCAAAGAAACACCCGCAGAGGAGACCCCAGCCCCUGCCCCAGUGGAGACAGCAGCUGAACCCGCCCCUGAGAAAACCGAACCAGAGGAGGCCCCGGCUGAAGCUUCUGAGCCUGUAGCGGACGCACAGGAAGCGGAAGCUGAACCCCCUGCACCGGAGCCCUCGACAGAGGAAGCGACAGUCGAGAAACCAGAAGAACCUGCACAGGAAGACAAAGCAGAAGAGCAGACGGAAUCAGAGCCAGCCCCGCCCCCAGCGGCUGAGCAAGAAACCGUUGAUUCUGAGUUGACAGCUGCCCAGAAAGAACAGUCACUCACUGGUGCGGAAGGGGAAACGACCCCAGCUGCCCCAUCAGAAAGUGCGGAGACUGGUGCUGCCACAAGUGGACCUGGUGACUCCGCAGAAACAGGCGAGACGGCAGCUCCUUGUGAGGAGGCAGCACCAGCCACCGUGUCCACAGAAUUCAAAUGGGAAGAAGGGGGACAAAAUGUUCAAGUCAGUGGAUCUUUCAAUAGUUGGCAAGAAAAAGUUGACCUUGUAAAAAAUGGUGAAGUCUUUUCUAAGACUCUGGACCUUCCUGCUGGAGAAUAUCUGUUUAAAUACAUAGUUGAUGAAAAAUGGGUGGUCAACAAGAAUUUGCCAAUCCGAGCGGAUGAUGAUGGACAAGAGAACAAUGUGAUGCUGGUGGAACCUGUGAGUUAGACAGCGAGUACAGGGGAGUUGGACAUCAUGGGAUACGCAAUGCUCAAAACUGACAGUAAUGAUUCUAUCCUGACCUUGUGCGUAUUCUGAGUAACCUUCUCAUUGACCCACUAUAGCCGUUCUUGUUUCAUCAUUCACGCAGGGGAAAGAUAGCCCAGUGGCUGGAUGCCUAUGUUUGUGUGGCUGAUGAAGGCUGAAGUUGUUAUUUCUAAGUUAUAGAUAGGUCAUUCAUUGCAGAUAAAUUUCAAGUACUGGGUGUUGUACACAUUUUUAGAUUCUCUUUUUCUCCCUAUCCUGCGUACAUUUCAACAAAGGUUACUCGUGGUCUUGAUACAUUAAAUUUUUAAUUGGUACUGGGUGUUCAGGUAAAAAACAUUUCCAGUACAUAUAGAGAAGGAUUAUUUUAAUUCAUCUAGUCUGAAUGAAAAAAAAAGUGUCCUGUAUCAAGAGUGAGUCUGUCCGUGACAAAGAGAAACAAAUAUAUUACAUUGCUUAUCAAUGUGCUUUUCACUCAUCUUGUGUACCAUCUGAGAGAAAGUCAGUGAUCACCGUUGUUCAAUUGACAUUUCUUGCCUUUCUCAAGCUGCCAACUGACCAAUUUUCACUCCAUUCUACUCAGUAGCAGACAAGCUUCUCAAUAUAAGAUCUCAGGCAGCUAAUGGUCUGUUCUUUAUAAUUUUUCCAGCAUAUAAAAAAAUUCAGUGUAGACAUAAUUAUAUGAGCUAGAUUUUCCAUUCCUCAAGUUUCGGUUUCUUAAAGGAAAGAUUUCUUGCUCUGUAAUUUCAUGUUCUAUUCAACUAUUCUCUUUUGGGCCCCAUUCUAUAAGAAAGAUUUGAGUGAAAAUGUACUUAAAUCAGUAUUUUAUCUGUUCCUGGUAUGCAAUCGGUACUGUACAUUGCUCUGCCUAUAAACUUUAUGAAUUAUUUGUACCUCUCAUUUUUGCAAAUUUAUCAUUUUCAUUAUUGUAGACAAUGCAAUUGAAAGAUCUUUAUGUGUGUACUGUCAAAUGGUUUUACAUGUAUAUAUAUUUAUAGAUAUGCCUAUAUAAAUAUAUAUUACAUAUAUAUAUUAUAUAUGGUAUAUUAUAAUAUAUAUGAAUGUAGUGUAUAUGCAUGUUUAUAUGUAUAUAUACUAAUGCUCUGACAAAUAGUUUACCAUAUACUUCUGGUCAAUGAACUUGGCACAAAGUAGGGAUCAGCUAUGGGAGGGAGACGUACAUCUCGAUGAUUUGAAAGGUAGAAAUUGUUACAUUUGAUCAGAGAGUGCGAAACAUGACCCCUUUUGAACGCACACAUGGAUCAUGACUAUGUUAUAUGAAGUAUACCUACUCUAUUAUCUAUGCCAUUCCUGGUUAAGCAGUCUGCUAUCUUCUCAUGUCAUUUGUACAAAUUCUUUUGAGCUAUAAAGUAUUUCGCUUUCUUUUUUUCUCCCCUCAAUUGCAAACUUUUCAUUUCUUUUAAGUCUGUCAUCUUAGGAAUCUUUUAUGUAUGAAAGCAAAAUGCCUUGCUGGAAAUACUGUUGUUCUGAGGAAGGCAGGUUCGAUGAAGUAAGAUGUGACAGGCCAGAUGAAGUAAGACUGAAUGAAGUUCAGGGGAAAUAACAUAGUGAAGUGGUUAUUGAAAGGAAGAAACUGAUAGGUCUAUUGUUGAGAUACAAUUUACAAACAGUAAGCAUUAUCAUGGACAUAUUAUAUCCCCCAGAAGACACAGACAAGGCAACACUGUAAGAGAGACGCUUGGGUGUGUCCCACCAAAGCUCCCUUCUGUUGAUAAGGAAUUACAAUCUGGAUCUAUUUUUCAUGUACUUUAAAGAGUUUAAAAUAUGAACAAUUUCUAUUAUGAAGACCUCGUGGAGGAGAAACAUGACUUGGAAAACGAGGAAAUUCGUUUUAGGCUGCUUUUGAUUCAGAUUGCAAACACAGACUGAGGAUUACUGAACUUCAGAAGGAAUAGAAAAAAUCCACAUUUAUUUAUUUACUUAUUGAUCUUUCUGGAAUCAACCUGACAUUAGUGACAUCUGUAUGGGACUCCUGGGUGUGAGUGUGAGGUACGAGUGAUUCAACAAUUUAAAGCAAUGCUGACAGGUUGCAGGUGCAGUAGAAAAUUUACGUCUGUUAUGUAAUACUAACAAUUAGUUACUUGCACCAUUGCGCGCUGAAGAAGAGAGUUCAAUUCCUGAUUGGAAGUAAUUUUAUCGAGUAUCUCCAUCUGCUAAGAAGUAUAUUUCUUCUCUGCUCGGGUUGGCCCCAACAGGCAAGGUCGAUGAACCCUGUGCCUUCUAAAAUAUUCACAGGUGCAAUGGAACAGCUGUGAACCUGAGGAAACUCUUUUUAUUAUAGCAGCGCGGUUUGCAUUCCUGCACCAGUCACUUGUCAUCAUGAGUCAUGGUUUUCCCUUUAUCUUAAAUUUGUUUCAGCAUUUUACCAGCUUUGAGAGAGCACAGAUUCCUUUAAUAUCAUCAUUCAUUUUUAAUAGCUUACAUAAAUUGAUUUUGGUCUUUCAAGUAACAUAUUGGUGUUUUUUAUUAUAUUCCUUUUCGUUUAACUGUGCCUUGAACAAAUUUCAGUGGCAGUUACUGUAGUUGGAGUAAAGAAUUGUUUUGAGAUAGGGUAUUUAUAGUGGAAGGAAAAAAAUAAAAAAAUUCUAACACUGUUUACAAAAGGACCAAUCAAACUCAGCAGCUACAUUUGUACUUUUGUGGAGUGUGUUUGUCAAACCUACAGUUUGUACCACAAAAGAUGAAGGGACCAUUUGCUUUUUGUUUCUCAGUUAAAUGCAUUAAAGAUGUGAAAUGUCUUUGAAUUUUUCAAAAAAGAAGCCACUCCAAUGGUUAGUCAAGAGAAAGACGCAAUUCGAUACCAUGUCCACUCAACGGGCAACAAAAAGCAGUUUACAGAUUAAUGGUAAAAGUUACUUUCUCACCUACAGUAAUGUUACAUACUUUCUUUUAUACUUUUCUAUGUAAAAAACUUGAGUAUUCUGUGUAAUGUUUUCAAUGUGCGUGUGUAUGCGUGUAAGAUAAUUUGCCUGUUGUAAUAAAAAUAUAUAAAAGAG